AUGGGUGCCGAAACUCCCCAAUCGUUACAGUCUCAGUCCAGUGGUGACCUAAAAGACAGUUUAUCAGAUACUUCUUACUCUUCUUCUGCAUCUUCGCCACGCGUUCAGCACGUCAUCGAAGAAGCUAGCUCAUUAGUCGCCAAACUCAAGUCCUGCGACCGAGUGAGCCCUUCAAAUAAUAAAACUGACGAUGAUGACUCCAUUGUAUGCUCCAGGUCGGAACUAAUACAGAGCUUAGAAAAGCUUAAUCAAAUGCUAACGAGCUCUCACGAAGAGGUCAAAGGAUUCAAAUUCAAGAAUAUGAUGUUAACAGCAAGUCUGAAAGACUCCAAUUCUCGGUUCGAAGUAGAAUCACAGCUGCAAAAACAACAAUCCGGCAGAAUUAGGUGCCAACUCGUUAUGCAAAACCAACAAUUGCACGACAAACUCCGGCUCCAGGACUUGAAAGUAGUCAAGUACAAGAAGACCAUCAAAGAGAAAAACAUAGAGAUCAACAGACUCACGCGUUUGUUGAACAAUUCUGGCGCACCAAACGCAGCUUCUCUAAAGCACACUCCUCAGUCCAUAACAAAACCACCGCGAAUCCAUCGUGGUUCAAAAUUCCAACACAAAAAUCCUAACAUGUUGACCACGUUGGGCUUACUGGCGUCCCAUGUACUCAGCGAACGCAAGGAUAGUGUCGCCAACAUAGACAAUACCGAAUCAGAUAUCUCACACGAUAGCUUUUUGAACCAUCACGCUUCGGCUGACGCGUUUCCCAGAAGUCCUCACGUUUUAAGCAUUGCUACUCUACCGAGAAGCUCGGCUGCGUCAUUGACACCAACUUCUGAUAGUUCAUCUAAACAUAUUUUACCCAGGUUCCAGAGCUUUACUGCUUUCAGUGAUGAUCAACAGUAG